UAAUGUCUAUUAUUGCAGCAAGAUGCCAUCAACUCCAAAGAAGCAGAGCAGACCUCUGAGCCACUGUGGUUUAGAUGUGCCUAGCAGAAGAAGAAAAUUAGACCUAGAGUACAAAGACCAACCCACUGUUCGCAAGCCAAAGGAGAGGUACAAACCCAAAGGCAAGGCGGAUCGGCGAAGCCUCUCUGACCACGAAUGCUGCCUUAGCAGAAAUUUCAAUGAGAAUGCAUUCAUCCCAUAUGCGUCCAAGAGGGAACGACUUUGCUCCAGAUGUCUGGCAAAACGCAGGAUCUGCACAUCUGCCAGUCCAGGAAUUGAUGACAGGAGCUUAACAAGAAAAGCUGUUCCCUUCCAACAGUUGAAUGACGCACUCUUACCAACAUGUGAAGCAUGUAAAUCUCACACCAAGAAACUGACGAGAAAAGGCUCCAGCCCUGAUGUUCGCGGUCUUCAUCACGGAUUCGACACCGAGGGAGAAUCUUCUGAGAACAGCUCAUGUCGCAGAGGCCCUAAAUGGAGGGCGGCUGAUGAUCCCAGGAAGCUCACUGACCUCAAGAGGCCGCUGGCCUCCAAGCAGAACCUGGAGAAGUGUCCUGCAGUGAUGUACCCAAAGAUGAGGGAAAAGAGCUGCGUGUGUAACGAGCCGCAGCAACAUCAGCCUGUUGCAUGGGAGAGGCUGCGCCACUGUCCACACGGGAACGCCAUCCGAGAAAUGGAUGAAAACUGCGACAUGCCCGUUUCUCUUCAGGAAAAAUGGAGGAAUGUGGAUGAAAUUUACCUGACACGCAGGUGGCAAACUGAGAAGUCAUGGAAAGCAGUGGUGCCUAACCCUGACGCUGACAGCUCCAAGAAUGAAGUCAGAUCACACUUGAGUAAACACAAGAAAUCACAAUCACAAGGAACUCGCAGAAAAGACACAAGAUGCUGAUUUGCACGAGCACAAUUCAACAAUGGGGAAAAAAAAAAAGAAAAUCACUUUUUAAAAAAUUAAUAUACACUUAAUUUAAAAUAUUUCACUUAAUAUAAUUGUAUAAUAAAUCACUAUGUUCACUAUUUAUUAACAUUUAA